GAUCAUCAUGAUGAAGCUGAUCCUUUCUCUGACUCUCAUCUGGGCGCUCUCCAGCACAGCUGGAGCACUUCAGUGUCUACGCUGCGCAAAUCUGCAGUGUUCAAGCACAGUACCAUUAACAUGUUCUUCAGAGACCAUGUGUGCGACAGCUACCAUCCAAUCAAAUAUAUCUGGAACUUCAUUAAAGCAAAUCGUGAAGGCGUGUGCACCAUCCUCCGUGUGUCCAGCUACAGGCCCUCAGACAUUAUCGUUUAACGUGGGUGUUUUGCAGGCAGUUGCAUCUCUUCAGUGCUGCAACAGAGAUAACUGCAACACAGAAACUCUACCUAUCCCUUCUGCUCAGCCAAACAGCCUAAAGUGUUUCACUUGUAACGCCACCACCUCUCAAUGCAACUCAUCUCAAUUACAAUGUAAGGGAGUGGAGGACCGCUGCUUUAAAUUGAAUG